UUUUUUUUUUUUUAAGAUUAACCUUCAAUGAUCUCAUGGCGAAAGGUUUUGUUUGUUUCAACAAGACUUUUUCAUCCUGAACCUUUAAAUAUAGUCUCUCGUCACUCUCCUUUUUUUCCAGUACAAAGUAUCAGACAUGCUUCAUCAUCUUUCACCAAACAAUCAAUACCUGAAUUAUACCGAUUACAACAAGCCAUUCUUCAAAGACGACUGGAUACAGCAAGGCAAAAACUUGCCUUAUUGAACAAUAAAUAUACCUUGGAUCGGUUCAAGAUAUGGCGACCGUUACUGUUAUUGGCAAGAAAAGGACGACACAUACGAGAUUUGGAAUGGUUACAGAACAUGGUGGAACAACAAGCAAUGACACAUCAGUAUGGACUUGUCCCGGAUCAUUUCGACUAUCAUGCUCUCAUGUAUUGCUAUGGCGUUCAUGGUGAUCUUGACAAGGCAGCUCAGGUGAUGACUCUUAUGAAAGAACAACAUGAUCUUUCUCCUACUGUGUUCACCUACAACACACUUUUGGGAUGUUAUCAACGGAUGGGUGCAGUGGAAAAAGCAAUGGCUCUUCUCUCACAAUUGGAAAAUAAUAAUAAUAAUAGGAAAAAACUCUUGGAUACGGCUUCUUACAAUACUGUGCUGGCUAUGCUGGAUCAUGCUGGAAAAUGGGAACGCGCUAUAUCACUUUAUACAUCGAUGCCUUUUUCACCGGAUUUAUAUACGAAGAGUACUAUGCUUCAUAUUGCCACAGAAAUAAAGGAUAGAGAAUUAGGAAAGAUGUUAUAUGAUCAACUAAGAACCACUCUAUAUACAACAUUGUUUGAAAAACGACCCACACAUCGCAAACAUCAUCAUCAUCAUCGUCGUCAUCAACAAAAACCAUUAUUGGAUAUCGCCACUAUCAAUGCUAUGCUUGCUUUUCAAAUAUCGGUCAUGAACGAUGUAGAUGGUGCGUUGGAACUCUAUCACGACUUGGUGACACAAAAAACAAUGACUGGACUUGUACCGGAUACGAUUACCUGCAACAUUCUUUUAGAUGGUGUAUUGAAACAACUUCAGAAUCCAGGAAAAGCCGCAGCUCUCUAUCAUCGAAUGGAAACAGAGGGAUAUCUUGUACCAGAUAGUACGACAUUGGGGAUCAUGAUGGAUGCAGAAGCUUUGAUGGGGAAUUUAGCAGGUGCUUUGGCGUUAUUUGAAGAAGCGAUAGCAACCAUCGACGAAGGUGAACUUGAUCGGAUGAUGUCCAGUCUGGCCACAGUAGCAGCAAAAGGGAACCAUGAUGAAGCAACAAUGGAACAAUUAUGGACCUACCUUGAUCAACAUUCGUAUGCAUUGGAUAGCAAGGCAUAUAAUGGAUUGAUGCAUGGAUUGGCAAAACAUGGUCGUGCGGAUUUGGCUCAAACAUUGUAUGAUCGAGUGUUUCGACAUGGGACGAAGGCGGUGGCGGAUGUGGCAACGUUUACAAGCUUGAUACUGGCCUACAUCCAUGGUGGUCAUGUCAACGAUGCGAUGGAAAUCUACCAUGUUUUACGGGAUCAACAUGACAAGCAGCAAGAACGAAAGCGACAAGGACUACAAACACAACGACAAAAACCUGUGAUUGAACUAGAUAGUAUCUUUUAUACUUCUGUGAUCUCAGCAUUGACCGAUACUGAUGAUGGUUUGCAUUCAGCACUGGACUUAUUUAUGGAUAUGCGACAAUUACGGAUUCAACCCACAAAACAUAUCUAUACAGCUAUGCUUCACUGGUGUGGACAAAGACGUGAUGCGGAUGGAUUGGAACAGAUACAUCAAUUGAUCAAGAUGGACAUGGCACUGGAUCCAGAUAUGACCAUUUACAAUGCAUUGAUGGAUGGUUAUAAUCGUACAGAUCAAAUCGAUCAAGUCUUAUAUCUUUGGGACACAAUGACAACAACAAUGAUGGAUGUGGAUGCGACAACGGUAUCGAUUGUACUUGAUGCAUGUGGUCAUCAUGGUCAAACGACGCGUGGUCAUGCGAUCUGGCAAUCUUUACAACGACGACAUGUCAAUCUCAAUACCAAUAAUUACAACUCGUAUGUGGAAUUUCUUUGUCGUGCUGGAGGUGGAUCGUAUGAACAACGUUGGAAUAUGGCCUGCGACGUGGUUCAACACAUGAUGAAAUGCCGACAACCAUUACCUAAUGCAAAAACAUUCAACACCUUGGCAAGUUUUGCUCGGAAAUACGGUAUCGAUACAAAGCCGAUGAUCAUGGACAAGUUGCAUACUAUUGAAAUGGAAUUACGGAAAAAGAAGAUCUUGUAGAUUAGAUAGAUAGAUAUGUAAAUAGAAUAAAGAUUUAUUUAUUUUACAUACUGUAUCCAUAUAUAUAUAUAUCUGUGUG